AUGGAGACGCACAUGACUGUGCCCGGGCCCAGGGCCCCAGCUGAGUCCCGGGGCUCCAGGCGAAAGAUUCUGUGCGGACCCAGGGACAGGACGCGGUGCCGUGAAAGGGGACAAAAGGACGCGGGCGCCAACGGACCAGGGACCACGGCGGCGCCGCACAAAGCCGCGCAGUCCUGCUCUCGCCAAGGUGCACGCGCCGGUAAACGCCGGCGCGUGGGGAACAAAGGGUGUCAUAGCAACCUCCGCAACGCCCUGCUACCGCCGCGGCGCUCCCGGCCAUCCAUCAGGGAGCCGCCGGAUCCAAACCUGGCAUUCACCCGGGGAGGCUCGAGCUGCCCGUCGGAGGGGUCCAGGCCCCUGCAGCGCACUCCUGUCUCCCUGUCCUCCUCCCGUCCCCCAUAA